UGUACAAAGGUAAGACAUAGUAGGCUACACCUGUACAAAGGUAUUCGAUACUCAGGAUAGAAUGAAGACCGAUGUCAUGCGUGGAAGCUUCCAAUAGCACUCAACAAAUGACUUUAACCCUAACAUAAAUAAUGCAAUUACAGGACAAAAACUAGAUUGUUAAAAGUUUAUUUUAUUAUUAUUCCUCUGUGUAUGAUCUGCAAAUAAUUCCCCCGAACUACUGUUUCGACAUUUGCAGCCAUUUUUUUGUAAGGGCAAGAAAAAAUGACACACGUCAAUCAUGGGCAAAGAGCCUACAAUAAUUGCCUACUCAAGGUCAAAACGGUGGGAAAAGCAAACUCAAUGGAUUACAAAGUAGCCGCCUGUGCUUUGUGGACUACCUUCUUUCAACUAACUCCAGGUUGAAACCUGUUUUACAAUAGUCCUGAAGGAGUUUCCUUGCUGAACACAACAUUUGUGUUAUGUCAUAGGUUUUUAGUAGGCUAUUAUUGACAUAGAAAAUAGUAAAAAUGAAGAAAAGCGUUCUGAAUGCUAGGUGCUUAACAUCGAGACUCCUCAUCCUCAUUGUUUCUACCAAAUUCUGUGUCGGACUGGACAAUGAGUCCAGUCCCAAACCCAAUUUUGUCCUCAUGAUGGUGGACGACUUGGGUAUUGGAGACAUUGGUUGCUAUGGAAAUGACACAAUCAGGACCCCAAACAUUGACCAGCUGGCUCUGGACGGCGUGAAACUGAGCCAGCACAUCGCUGCCGCUCCUCUGUGUACCCCUAGCAGAGCUGCGUUUAUGACGGGCCGAUACGCCCUGCGGUCAGGGCUUGGGGCUGUCGGGAGAGUACAGGUGAUUCUUUUUUUGGGUGGCUCUGGGGGACUCCCUCCUAGUGAGACGACGUUUGCCAAGCUCCUGCAGAAAGAGGGCUACACGACUGGUAUUGUUGGAAAAUGGCAUUUGGGGCUGAAUUGUGAGAGCAGGAAUGACCACUGCCAUCAUCCCAACAACCAUGGUUUUAACUAUUUCUACGGGCUUCCUUUCACCCUGUUUAACGACUGCAAGCUCGGAGAGGGCUCUGAUGUGUUAGCUGACAUACAACUGAAGCUGUGGAAUCUCACUGUUCUGCUUGGCCUAGCGCUGCUCACACUAGUCUGUGUGCGUGCCACUGGCCUGUUGGCGGUGAGUGGAACAGCGAUGGUGCUCGUCGCUCUUCUCUGGCUCCUGGCGUUUGGGGUGUGGUAUGUGCCGUUUCGCCUGCACACCUGGAACUGUAUCCUGAUGAGGAACCAGGAAGUGGUGGAGCAGCCCAUGAAUCUCGAAUCACUCACAGAGCGCCUCGUUAAUGAAGCCGAGCAGUUUGUUGAGAGGAACCAGCACAAGCCUUUCAUGCUGUUCCUGUCCCUGGCACACGUGCACACUCCACUCUUCACAUCCAAAGGCUUUGCUGGAAAAAGCAAAAAUGGGCUCUAUGGGGACAAUGUUGAGGAGGUGGACUGGAUGAUAGGCCGGAUGGUGAAUGCCAUCGACAGGCUCAGCCUAUCCAACAAGACUCUAAUGUACUUCACUUCAGACCACGGAGGAUUCAUAGAGGACUCGGAUGCACGUGGACCGAAAGGUGGCUGGAAUGGAAUCUACAGAGGAGGAAAAGCCAUGGGUGGUUGGGAGGGGGGAAUCCGUGUCCCCGGAAUAUUCCGCUGGCCCGGCAGACUGGCCGCAGGAAAAGUGAUAGAUGAGCCCACCAGCCUGAUGGAUAUCUACCCCACGCUGGUGAACCUCGCUGGAGGACAGCUGCCACAGGACAGAGUGUUGGAUGGCCAUGACCUGAUGCCACUAAUGGAGGGCAGGACGGAGCGCUCUGAACACGAGUUCAUGUUCCACUACUGUGGCAUGUACCUCAACGCCGUCCGCUGGCACCCCCCCGGCAGCGACGCCAUUUUCAAGGUGCAUUUCUUCACCCCCAACUUUUCCCCGCCCGGAGCCGGCGGUUGCUAUGAGAUCGGGAUCUGCAUGUGCCACGGGGAGUUUGUCACCUACCACGACCCUCCGCUGCUGUUCGACCUGGCCGAGGACCCGUCCGAGAGCACCGCUCUGACCGCGGAGAGCGAGCCUCUCUACGCCGAGGUGCUGCGCAGGGUCAGCCACGCCGUGGAGGACCACCGCCGGACGCUGCAGCCCGCGCCCAAUCAGCUGUCGUGGGAGAACGUCCUGUGGCGGCCCUGGCUCCAGCCCUGCUGCGGAACCUUCCCCCUCUGCUCCUGCUCAGAGGCCAACGGCACAGCGCCACCUGCUGCAUGAACACGGCACUGCAAUACAGAGGCUCGCUGCCACAGGCUUUUUUUGGCCAUCAGGUUCAUCUCCACACCAAAACAACACACAAUGUGAAAAAGGCUUCAAUGAUGAGGUCUUUACCCCAUACAUGCACGUGUCGUCCUUUAUAAAUUGUUGUAAAUUGUAAGCCAGAACAAUUUACUGUCAAUUCAGUUAAAUUUUUCUUCUCACAUUCCUUCAGCUGUUUGUCCAGCGUAUGUUUAAAUGGAGCACAAACCAAUUGGCUCCGUGGCCAAGUCAUACACUACUCCAGCUUAGUUGCUCCAGAAGUGUGGUAGGGAGGGAUAGCAUUCGUGAUUGAAUGCUGAGCACAAACACUAGAGACCAUUCCCCAGAAUCAGUGACUGUAUCUCUAAUUAUUUCUGAUCCCAAAUAUGGUGGGGAAUGGAUAUUAUAAUGCUUUGUAGGGAUUUUUGUAUGUAGGCGAGUUUAUCAGGGAAUUCAAACCCAAACUAAAAGUGUCUGUUUUUUUCAAUGAUUCUCUCUUUGUCUGCCUAUAUUGAAAAACUGAAAUACAAAGCUAAUCCAUAAUGCAAGUGCACUUUCAGAUGUAUCAACCUUGCCUCAAAAAAUGUCAUUCCUACUGAAGGACCAAAGGAUUGAAUACUAGGUUGCACAGCUGACCAAAGGGAGGCAGUAUAUCCCACCUCAAGUGUACUGUACACACUUCUGUAUACUGCACUCCUUUGAGUUCUUCAUUUUGUGUUCUUUAAGGGAGUAUGCUGUGAAAUUAAUUUUCCAUCUAAUGAGGAAUAUAGUAUUAAGGGAAGUUAAACUCCAUCUUAAAUAUUAUUCAUGAACGUUUGAAGAAGAGAAACCUGUAGCAUGUGAAGAUUGUUAUUACGACAAUUUCAGUAUUAUACCAAACUUGCUGAGUUUAGGUGUCAAAAGCACAAGAAAACAUAUCUCUAUCUAGAGAUCUAAACAUCUAGACUAAGCGCUUACUUAUGGCCCUAUGUAUGUACUGUUUUGAUGACCCUAGGACUGGUGGAGCAGAUUCCUGUCAGUUUACCAUGCCUUUGCUCAUGGGAACAUCAUCAGUUUUUUAAUUUUUUUUAUGUUGUUAUUGCAACCUUUGGAUAUGUAUCGCAUUCAUUAAAAUAAUAUU